AUGCAGCACCCCCCUAGGGUCCUAAAAGAGAUAGAGACCGCCCCGCUAGGGAGCACUCCAACGGCACCGAAUACAAGCAACAACCGGCUUACAUACUGGGAUACUGCGACGGGGCCACAAGGGCAGCAAGAUGAUUCCAGAUAUCCGGGCGGGUUAUGGUCUGUGGGGGGCAGUACUACUGUUUCUCUUGCUGGCAAUACAGUUACCCUCUCCGAUGAGGAGCCUGUAUCAUGGCAAUCCAGCUUUUCCAGGCACAUGAAAUGCAACGUCAAUACCCAACACACCGACAUCUUCCUUGUCAUGUGCGGCUUCGUCAGUGGUCUUGUCGACGGUCUGUCCUUCAACGCAUGGGGGAGUUUCUCCAGUAUGCAAACAGGAAACACGGUCUUCAUAGCUCUAGGCGUCUCCGGCCAACCCGCAUACCCCGCUUAUCUCUGGGCCAAAUCCUUGAUCGCCCUUACAGUCUUCCUCAUAGGAAACGUCAUCUUCAUCCGUGUAGGCCGCGUCCUGGGUGCCUGUCGUCGGUCCUCGUUGGUGCUCUCUUUUGGUGUGCAAACAAUAUGCAUCCUGGUAGCCGCCCUCUUAGUGCAACUGGGAGUUGUAGACCCAAAGCCUGAAGAUCCUCGAGCUCCAAUCCAAUGGAUGCAAGUGCUACCUAUCUCGCUGCUAGCCUUCCAGGCUGCUGGGCAGAUCACCGCAUCCCGAAUCCUAAAGUUUGAUGAGCUCCCCACUGUCGUACUUACUACACUCCUUUGCGACUUGCUCGUCGACCCAGAGCUAAGUGCUCCGUUGAGGGCGAACGGCAAACGCAAUCGGCGAAUUGGUGGAUUCGUCGCACUCUUUCUCGGGGCCAUGACAGCCGGGGGUCUAUCCAAGGUGACCGAGAUGGCGGCGAGUCUCUGGUUUGCCAUGUGCAUUAAGCUCAUCAUCACGGCCAGUUGGUUUGUUUGGAAGGGGGAACGCAGCAAGAAGAUGGAGGGCGAUGGCUCUGUAUGA